AAAGUUCGCCGUUGCACACUUUUCACUCUCCUGCGGAUCACAGAACGGGUUUAGGCGCCCAUGUGCAGCGAAUGUCAGUCGGUCAAGGAGUUCGCGGAAACGCUUAAAAAGAAGCAACAUUAAUGUCCUUCAACUGACGUGUGACACUUUAUGCGAAGCAAGCAACGACUUCCCUUCAUCUCUGUGUGGUGUGCCUAAGCGUGCCAAGACUUCUCCCUGAUCCAAUACCAUCAUUUCAGAGAAUCAAGACCGUUUUCAACAUCUAAAGGACCGCACUACGAUAUCUCGGCUAGCGGUCACUUGAACUGGCGGUGAAUUGAACUAACUGAGAGAUAAGUCCGUUGUUAAUUAAACACUCCACACUAAUCGUUGUUGUUUGUUUUCGCCACCCAUCUUACGCCCGCCCACAAUCAACGAGGUUUUAGUUGAUGCUGGUAGUUACGAAUGAUAAUAGUUGGAUAUCUACAAGGUUGCUAGUAGCCGUAAAACGCCGCCAUGAACAAUUGCUCUCACAUGGAUGUGAAAAGUACAAUUUGAGGAUACUGACAUCAUCAGAUUAUGCAGCAGCAUUAUCAAUGAGAUACAAAACUUCACUUAACGGAUAAGCAGUGAGUCAGAUCAACCAAGGAUACUUGUACAAAAGUUGUAUUCGUCUAUACAAGCUGUUUUCCUUUGACUUGUUAAACAGAAGGUCGUCGCCAUGACUGGCGGACCGGGCAGCACCGAGCGCCACUACCGUCGGCUGCUGGACAAGCUCAAAGCCCGCUCCAGCCGCAUCUUUGUCAAGGCCCAGAUGCAGAACCGCACGCAGGAGCAGAGAUUGAAGAAAGUGGUCAACGUCCUGGAGAAGGACCGGGACCUCUGCAUCCGCAAGUCUCAUGAGGGGAUCUGGCGAGUGUCGUCUAAGGAGUGCCCCAUGCCGCGGCUGGCCAAGCCCGAGGGGAUGCCAUCGUACCUGGCCCGUCCCCGCGCCACGACUCUCCCCACCCCGGCUGAACUAGCCACCCUGCUUCCUAAGAAGAGAGUCAGGGGACAACAGCGCUAUGCGUCUCACGCUGAAUCGGUGGCCACCAGCAAACCGCCUCCCAGAGAAUACAACAAGAUGUCCAAGAGAAGACUGUCCUCGAUGAGAUCAGAUCAGCUCCAGAUAUAUCACUAUCGGAAGGUACUGGAGGACUUUGAGGAGGCAGCGGAGGUUUUCCCAGAAGGCGAUGGGGCAGACGAGCAUGCGACUGCCGCGGGUGGCACCGGAGAGAAGAUGGAGACACCGACGCAGGGAGACAGGACUGAUGGGAAGUGGGCAACGCCGGUGACUAGGACAAAGAGCGUUAUCAGCGAGGCAAGCAAAGCCCUGGCAGACAAUGAGAGCACGGCAGCGGCUGAGGAAUCAGUGAGAAUGGUCAUGAAGAAGCUCGGCAUGCGUCCUCAGUCCAGCCCGAUGUCUUACUCCCGAAGACCGCGGCCAAAGAAAAGACGCCCUCAGACGAGUGUCGGUACCUGCGCCACCAUUGCCGAGCAACAACUGGACUCCAAUAGCAAGGUGCUGCGAACCAAUUACCUGGACAUGUACAAAGUGCAGCUGAAGAACCACGUCCGUCGCAUGACUUCAAAAGGUGAAAUGCCAGCGCCGUCUAUACGCAUUGAUGACAUGUCGCCACACCACGGCCACUGUGAUGAGCAACCCAAGUCGGGUCUUGACAUGAGCGUCCUCUCGCGGGCGUCCACUCCCACCAAGGCCCCUUCGCUGGCCCACAGUAAGUUCUCCUCGCCAGCCUUUUCGCCCGAGUCACGUGGGAUCAGUAACAAUCCCGGUGCCAAGAAAGAAAGGCAGUCCACCCUCAUGCAACAGACUGCCUCGUCCACAUCACGCUCAACACCGAGACGUCAACUGCGCAGGGUCAGCACGCAGAUCAUGCAUGCCACCACCUUCGACACGCUACAAGAUGAGGUGCAGAAAAUGCAAAGCUACCGCAAUUUCCGGCGGGAGUCUCUGCAGACGGACGAUGUCGCCAACCUUCAGGACUUGGAGGACGGAAAACUGUUUGAAGAGAUGAAACACUGUCGGUACAUCAGGUGGGCCAAAGCAGACGAAGCUUUAAUCGAGGAAUCCAGUGAGAACGAACCCUUACAACACCAACUUGCGCUUCUGACCCUAAAGUACGCCCCUCAGGUCCAAUCAAAGAAAAGUCGGAACGAAAACACAUGACCAGACGAUUUAUACUUCACACAGUUAAUUAAUUGGCAGUGUUUUAAUUGGAUUAAAAUUUAUUGGAUUAAACAUCAAAUGUUUAAUAUUAAAAGAACACUUCUAGUCUUCUACUAUGUUAUGAAUUUAGUUAGACACGUUUUUUGUUUAAAUAUCCAUAUCUAGCCGAGGUAUGUUCCUUUGCUCAGACAAUCUACAUGUACACAAAAUAUCUUUCGAUUAUUAAAAUCAAAUAACAAUAUAAAUGAAAGCAAUAUGUAUUUUGUUUUGCAAACAACUAUAAAGCCUUUUUAUUCGAACUUAUUUCAGCAGAAAAUGUACACACAUCUUACAAAAUAAACAAUUCAACGUACCGGUAUGUAGUUUGUGUGGAUAGAAAAAUUCGUUCAAAUACUUUUGACUUACAGUCGUUAAAGGUUGCACAUGUGCAUGUUUCAAACUGUACAAUCUGAUCUGCAAAUUAUUCAAGUGUCAAGAAAAUCAUUUAGUUCAAAAUACUCAAUCCGCAAAAUACCCUUUAAUCCUUGACUUGCAUUGACUUAUUGGAUUAAACUUUCAGUAGUUCCAAUAAGAUUUCAAAGGUUAUAACAAAUAUGGGUAAACUUUUUCUGAGGUGCAGGUCUUACUGCACGUAUUGUUUUAAUGAUUGUGCACUUUCAUCUGGAAUGUGCCAUUUUAGAAUCCAAAGACACGUUGUCCACUAGACAUGCUA